UCAACACGUGACAAUUGCUACAUGCGAAGGAGCGCGAUUUGUCCCUUACGACUUACUGUCGAACAGCGUCAACAUGUCGGCCCUCUUGAUAUCUCUCCACAGAUGUUGUCAUCGGUCGGUUCUCCUCCAUGUUGCUAAGAGACAGUGGAACUCCGGGCCAGCACCUCCUCUUCCUCUGCACAGGAGGCUCCUUCUCUUCCUCACCCAGCGCUUCUAUGAUGUGGAAAUGUUCCUGAGCUGGAGGUUUAAGCUUAAGAGGAAUCAUGUUCAGACACAGAAUGCUUACUAUGGCUACACUGAGAAGUAUUAUGGGCCAGACAUAGCAUCAGCAUACUUUAUCUUAUGUCUGAGGGGAGGAUUUAGGUUUGUUGGCCAGUCAGAGUGGUUCCGUGCAGACCAGAGGGGCAAGUUCAACUGGGACUUCUUAAACUACAAGGACACUCCUCUAGAGGAAGUAGACUUGAGCUUCACAGUCAUCAACUACAGGGGAGUGGCGAACCUCGAGAGACAGCGCUUUUUGCGAACUCUGAAAUUACAAGGGUGUCCUGAAGUGGACGACUGGUUCCUGGCAAGGCUUCAUGUGUUACAGGAUUCUCUGGAGGAGCUGGACAUCUCUCACUGUCCACGCAUCACUACAGGCGGCUUGGCUGCACUCAGGAAUCUCAAGGGGCUGAAGCGUCUGAACGUGUCAUUCCUUCCCGGGAUUUCAAAUCCAGGGUUGGUGAUCAUCCUGCUGGAGGAGAUGUUACCUGACUGCUCCAUCACAGCUUCUGGCUACGACCACAGCAUGCUGCAGGUGGAAGGAGAGGGGGACGAGGAACUCAUACAAAGACAGAGGUAGCACCUGAACUGCUACAGGAAGCUUGAAAAAAAAAAUCCUCAGAAAAAAAAACUUUUAGUGUGUGCAGUCUCAAAUGAGAAGAAGCAAUAAGUCUGGUUUGUGCAUCAGUUCAUCACAACAAUCCCAGAUCCCAGUUUUAGUUAAUCGCAAGGAGACUACACAGACAUUUUGAAUUCACAACUGAAAUCUGUGCCACAUUUAUGAUGGAAAUCUAAACCUAUCCAAAUUGAUAUCUGUCUCAAGAAAACUGCACUUUUGUCUGUUGCUGAAAUGUGGAUAUGAUUGUAAAUGUAUGUACUGUAAUAAAGAUUUUACCACCACUGUAA